GUAGCGCAGAGGUUAGCAUGUCCGCCUAUGACGCUGAACGCCUGGGUUCGAAUCCAGGCGAGACCAUCAGAAAAAAUUUUCAGCGGUGGUUUUCCCCUCCUACUGCUGGCAACAUUUGUGAGGUACUAUGCCAUGUAAAACUUUACUCCAAAGAGGUGUCGCACUGCGACAUGCCGUUCGGACUCGGCUAUAAAAAGGAGGCCCCUUAUCAUUUGAACUUAAAACUUGAAUCUGACUGCACUCAUUAAAAUGUGAGAAGUUUGCCCCCUGUUCCUUAGUGGAAUGUUCAUGGGCAAAAUUUUAAAUUUGUAUUUACGUAGGUGACAUAGGAGAAUACGAGAAUAUCAGAUGACUACUCGCGUCGUUGCCACCCGAUGUGAUCUGGUGGUAGUACAGUUAAAUAUUGUAGAUGGCGGUGUAAAGUUAGUGCUGUUGUAAAGCAGAAGAUGUCGCUUCAACGUUGUGGUUGUAAAUUAUGAAAAUACCAAAAAACAUGUAAAAAUACUUUUGAAGUGAUGUUGGAUUGAACUUGAAAAUCUUUUGGAUUCAAAUUUAAGAUAAGUUGCAUUCAAUUAUUUUAUACUAAGCUUUAGGUUCUAUAAAAGAAAGAAAAAUAGGUUUUUUCCUUCCAAAUAAUGGAUCAUUUUAAAAAGUCUAAAACACAGACGACUCAUCUUUCAAUUAAGCUACCUGAAAAUGUUGAUAAACACACAUUACAAAUUAAUUAGAAUUAUAAAUCCGAAGCGACUUGUCGAUUUUAAAAUGUUUUUUUGAGAAUUAAAAAUGCUUCUACUUUUAUUAGUCGUACAGCAAUAUCUAAGUACUACCAUGACGACCGGCCCAGUCGUUGGCAAAAUUGCUGCUUGCUUUUGUUUCCGUUUGUUUUUCCUUUCAUAUGCUCAUAUGUAUUUUGAAAUUAGUCCGUACUCGUAAUGGUACCUUGAGUUGAUUCAUUUUUUGGAGGUAGUGUUGUUAAUGACGAUGAUGAUGAUGAUCAUGAUCAUGAUCAUGCUGAUGAUCAGCAUCAGCAAUGAUGAGAAAAAAAACCCCUGUAAAUACGUUAAAUUAAUUAAAUACACCUAACAUAUACACACACACACACGUUUGUUAUUUACUUAGAGUGUUGUUCUUGUUCGAAAAUCAUCCAAGUGUCUCCUCGUAUAUGAAUAAACGGAGCUUAUUACAAGGACUGCUGGUUGGUAGCCGUCGUCCUAGCUUAGUGGCUCACUCACUUCACUGCUUCAAUGCUACUCACUGCUAAAACGUAUGUAGGAUAUGUAGAGUUACAAUAACAACAGCAACAACAACCAGAUCCCUUAAAAGGAUGCCUACGAGGCCUUAGAGAAAAUAUUGAAAAAACACCAAAAAAAGAAAAAAUGCUUGAACUGAAUGAUGCUGUUUUUUUUUCUAGAGUCCUACUACUGUGUUGUUUUUGGUCCUUUUUUUUGUUUUGUUUCAUUGAAAUACUAACCAAGUGUUGACAGAUUUUCUUUAGAUAUUUUUCUCUUGUAAUCCUAUAAUGAUGAUUGAUGUCGUCUAUUUGCUUAUGUUAACAAUUUUUGUUGUUGUUUCAUUUUCUAUUCGUUUUAAGUUAAUGUUACCAUUCUUUUUUAGAAUUCGGUGUGAAGUGGAUUUGCAUGUGACAUGUGUGAUGUGUGACACAGACAGACUGAUGGACAGACAGACAGACAGACAGACAUGCAUACGAGCGUUGUUGUAUGUCGGCUAGUACUAUAGUAACGUAACAUACAUAAAUGUUAAUUCCGUUUUCACACACAAUUGCCUGCCCCAUGUUGGUGGGGCAUGGGCGGCGGCGGCGAGUGCAAUGCCAUACAAUAAAUAUUUGGUUUUUAUUAUAAACAAUACAACAAUGCCGCAGACACCCAGACACCCUACUCGUAUAGGCACUAACUACCGCUCACUCGGUCAGUCAGUCAGUCAGUCGGUCGGUCGGUCGGUCAGUGUUACUGUUAUUCCAUGUGUAGAUAGUCAUCAUAAUACUAGUGUCGUCCACUCCACUCCACCUCCAUCUAAAUGUUGAUUAACUCGCUCGCUCGCUCGCCUGCUCGCUCGCUCGUUCGUUCCGUAUCUGUGUCAUCCUUGACUUUUCUGAGUAGUCCAUGUUAAUGUAACGACGCGAUCCAACCAACGAUGGAUGAAACUGCGCACAACCGUUCAAAUAUCCGGCGCUAUGCAAAAGAAACCACCAUUGAAGAGGGAAGACUCAUUUCUCAAACGAUUUUCUACGCGCCAGAUACCAGAAGCUCAGGAAACUGUUGAAGACACAGGAUCAGAAAGUGCCUCAGGCGAAGUCGACAAGACCACCAAGAGACGUCGACGUUACCUCCAAAAACGGCGUUCCGUUGUUAAUCCUGAUGAAAAUUUCCAUUUUUACUGGUUAAUGGUUUUGACUUGUUGUGUUCUAUACAAUUUAUGGACGUUGAUCGUUCGUCAGAGCUUUCCCGAACUGCAGCAAGCGGUGCCAUUAUUUUGGUUCAUAUGUGAUACAUUAACGGAUGUGGUGUUUGUUUUCGAUAUCUUGGUUCAACUGCGUACUGGCUACUUGGAACAGGGUUUAAUGGUAUAUGAUGAUAAAAAAUUAGCCUGUCACUAUGUGCACUCCAGAAAUUUUGUCCUAGACAUGGUUUCUCUCAUUCCCUUUGACCUGCUGCAACUUCGCAUGGGCCCGCAGCCCUUAUUACGUUUUACUCGUUUUUUUAAAGUUUAUAGAUCUGUUCGUUUUUAUUAUAUUGUUGAAAGUAGAACUGUUUGGCCAAAUUUAUGGCGUGUUGUUAAUCUAAUUCAUAUUCUUUUAAUAUUGGCCCAUUGGUUUGGUUGCUUCUAUUAUCUACUCUCCGAGGCUGAAGGAUUUCAGGGAGAUUGGGUUUAUCCAUAUCGCCCGGGUGACUAUGCAACAUUGACAAGAAAAUAUUUGGGCAGUUUGUAUUGGUCAACUCUCACUCUAACCACAAUUGGGGAUCUGCCAACGCCGGAAACGAAUGCCGAACAAAACUUUUCGGUGGACGGCCCAAGAUCAAUACCGAGGCGUGGCAUUAAAUCCCGAUUGCUUCAGUUCGGCUCAAGUUAUGGAUAUGUCUUCACCAUAGUCAGUUAUUUAAUAGGCGUCUUCAUUUUCGCAACCAUUGUGGGCCAAGUGGGUAAUGUCAUCACAAAUCGCAAUGCCAAUCGCCUGGAAUUUGAAAGACUUCUGGAUGGAGCAAAGACAUAUAUGAGACAUCAUAAGGUUCCUGGAGGCAUGAAACGUAGAGUCUUACGCUGGUAUGACUACAGCUGGUCCAGAGGACGUAUACAAGGCGGUGGUGAUAUUAAUACCGCCUUGGGCCUGCUGCCGGAUAAGUUGAAAACCGAAUUGGCUCUGCAUGUAAAUUUGAGUGUGCUGAAAAAGGUUACCAUUUUCCAAGAAUGUCAGCCAGAGUUCUUGCAUGAUUUGGUGUUGAAAAUGAAGGCCUACAUCUUUACGCCAGGCGAUUCCAUAUGUCGCAAGGGAGAAGUGGCCAGAGAAAUGUUCAUAAUAGCCGAUGGUAUUUUAGAGGUUCUAAGUGAGACCGGCAAAGUUUUGACCACCAUGAAGGCGGGAGAUUUUUUUGGUGAAAUUGGUAUUCUAAACUUGGAUGGCCUGAACAAGCGAACAGCAGAUGUACGUUCCGUUGGCUAUUCUGAGCUCUUUUCCCUCUCCCGUGAAGAUGUCUUGGCUGCCAUGAAAGACUAUCCCGAGGCCCAAGAGAUUUUACAGACUUUGGGCCGCAAACGCCUAAUGGAAGUGAGAUGUGUGAACAAGAAACACGCCAAGGCCAAGGCCGACAAGGAUGCUGCUAAUCAUCAGAGCCAUCAUCACCAUCAUAGCCACCAUGUUAAUCACAGUGAUAGUAGCGAAAAUAGUGCCUCAAAGAAAAUUGUCGAUAAAUUGAGACAUGAUGUAAAAGGAUUCCGAAGUGUACUUAAAAAAUCAAGGGCAUCCCGACGUAGUGAUGAAUCACUGGAAAUGCAGCCACUGCACAAUACCUCACCGAAAAAUGGCAAAUCCAUGCUGAAACGUAUGUCCCGUGUACGCUCCGACGAGAAAGAAGACGCGGCAGAAGAAAAAACCGAAUUACAUGACAAAACCCCAAGUCCCAUUGGUGCUGGUUUGCCUCUAUUGCAAAGACUGCGUUUACUUAAAGAAAAGCAGGAUCGCGAAGAGCGAGCUGUUAAGUCUACACCAUCACAGAAAUCUCCACCUAAUUCACAUGUAACCUGUACGUUAUCACCACAGGAAUCAAUACAGGAGGAGCCAGAGAGGGAGAUAAACGAGGGAUUGCCGUUGAUACAGCGACUGCAGCAGUUAAAGAUUAAAAACGACCCCCCUCCGGCACCAGUUCAGGUGACAGAAGAGGGUGGUGCUUUGCCGGUUACUUCAGUGGCUGAGACCAACAACAAAGUAGAAAACAUAUCGAUUUUAAGCACAAGUCAGGGUACUACGACUGCAUCCACGUCUUUGGCAGUUGCUCAAAUCAAACCCAUGGUAAAGGUUUCGUUCAAACAAAGAAUGCUGAAACUGCAGGGGGUGGCCGAGGUUAGCGGCGAGAGUGGCCCAAAAAUUGCCAUGCCACCGAGUGUGGUGGAAGCGGCGGCAAGGCUACCCUCUGCGGUGGGCAUUGCGAAAAAGGAGCCGCCCAACACUUUGAGUGUUACCAAAUGUGGUGAAGUGGAAAGUGAAGGUGCAGACAAACGAAAAAGUGAGGGGACCAAGAAAACUCACAAAUCCAUCAGCACCAUUUCAAGCCAAAUAACAAAACCGUCCACUACCACACCCACAAUAGUAUCCGAUACAGAUACGCCCAUCAAGCCAUGGUCCAAACUAAAGCUGGCCACCAUGAUCUCAUCGAGUUAUACCAGUUUAGCCACCUCCAAUACAUCGUCGGAUGAUAUUUUCUCCCCUUUGAAGAACAAUUCCGAUGGCAAUAUACCGCAACAGCUGUCAAACGAAAGGCGUCCCCCGAAAGGAGCCAAACCUCCACCAGUUCCUGCAAGAAAAAGACCGCAUCGUUCGGAUGUAACGACGAUAGCAAGGGCGACAGAGAAGACCAAACGCUGCGCGGGGAAUGGCAAUGGUAAUGGCCAGGCGGUGCCUUCAGACUGUCCCAUAAGCAAUGCCAAAUUGUAUCAAUCUGUGUUCGAUUUAUCGCCCGAGUACAGUGGACUGCCCUUCGUAAAACGUCUGAAGAUACUGAACGAGCGCCAGAAACUGGCCGAGCUGGAGAGCGCUCUACAAACUCGCAGUUUCAGCCUGGAUAGUUCCAAGACGACCAGCUGUAUUCCCAUAUCGGAGGCGUUGUAUCGCAGCCACAGCGAUACCGCCGGCAUUAACACACAGUUUCUCUCUAUCUAUGAAUCCAGUUCCACCACAUCGACGAAUACAUCAGCUUCGGAGACGCCAAAGUGUGUUCCAGCCCCCUACCAUCGACAUCAAUUGGAUACGGUGCAACACGACUAUGCCCCCCUCAGUCCAGAGUCCAAUGAAACUCUAGAGCGAAGAAAAUUGAAAAGCAUUCUCAAGUCGCUCAGCCGUGAGCAAGAGCACCGAAGAUCAUUGACGCCCAAAGACUCACAUCUGCAUCAUCGAGUUCUGUCGAAGGAACCCACUGUGGAAGGCCCACCCGUCAGAUCGCACGAGGAAACCUGCACACUAACCGAACAAACGCUGCACUCCCCGUCUCUGAUGACGACAGCUCCCAUGAGUAGUGCAUAUUAUGGCGAGUCGGUAAUGUCGCCGCCCGAUCUAUUGCGAGCGGAAUCCAUAGCGACCUGCUCGGCAGCCAAUGCUGCUCAGACAUUUCAAAUGAACAGCAGCAGCACCCUAACCAUGUAUCCCACAAAUGUAUACCCGCUAACCGAAAGCAAUCACCACCAUUCCACAUGUCAGACUCUAAGUUCAUCACCGAAAGGUUUGCCCCAGGGUCAAGACUGCUUCAAUCAAAUCUUGUGUGGCAUCGACAAUGUCAUACGAACGCAUGUCAACGAAAUGCAUUCGAAAUUUGAAUCCCAAUUUUCGAGUAUGGCCAUGGAGGUGCAACGUAGAGAUGCUUUGAUAGCCCAUUUGCAGUCGAAAGUUAGAACUUUGGAGCUGAAUGCCUCAUCAACAUCGAGAAGAAAAACGCAUCGCGAGAAGAUGAGUGGGACGGGUGCAGUAGCCACAGGCUCCGCUGAGAAUGCUGAAGAAGCUGAAGCCAAUCUAGAGGAAGACAGUAGUUCUGGCUCAUCUGCUGAAUUGCUAUUUAUGCGUGGCGAUUCUUUGGAUACCGUGUUUACAUCCUCGCCUCCCAACCAAACUAAAAGACACUACAUGUGUUCACCCAGCAUUAGCCGUAGCCGUGAAGAUUUCAGCUACGACUAUGGCCCCUAUGUCAAGUCUGCCACUGUCAGCAAGAGCAAAGCCAGCCGAGCCAAAUCUGCCAGUCAACCCACCAUGGUGGCUGAUGUGGCUGGCAAUUUAACGCGCCUUGGCGACAGUGUUAUAUUAGACAUAGGCGAGAGCAGUUCCAGCUCCAGUUCAUCCUCGGAGAAGUUAGACUUGGAUGGGGAUGAUGAUGAUGGGGACGAGAGAAGCAAUGACAACGACAUCACUGGCAAGCAGGUGCGUCACAAUGACUGGGAGGUUCGCAUGCUGGCCGCCGAAAUGGAAAAGCAGGAGCGCAAGCGAGGCCUCUCCCUCACCGAACACUCAGCGUUUAGCAAUGCCAAGCUGGGUUCGACCUUCUUGCGUAGACGCAGAAAACUCAGUGACACCGAAACGGAAUACAGUGAAAACGAACGGGAGCAGCUGCCUGCGCAUUCCCGGCCAAGAGCCUCCAGCCUUGAUCAGUUCAAUUUGCGUUAUGGCAUCAAUCGAGGCGGCAUCUUCAAGGCCAUGAGCAUCGAUCGUGAUAAAGACAAGCUUUGAAAUCCAGUCAAAUACACGCAGUCCCAUUCUUAUGUUAGUAGUAUUUUAGUCAGUAAUCUAAAGCAAUUUCACAAUAUUGAAACGUACAAUUACAUACUAGUCUAACUAACUAAAAACUAUCAGAACUUAAAACUAAAAAAAAAACAAGAAAAACAAGAAAAAAACAACACAACAUACAUACUAGUAACAAAACACAUAGAAUUACAAGUAACGAAAGUGUAGCAAAGUCAUUAGCAUUUAAUCUGUAUUAAGGGACCACAGUGCCAGUGCCAAGUGGCCUCGCCCCCCCAAAACCCCGGACAGGUCCCCAGGCCCCCCCCCCCCCCUCAAAACUAUGGUGUUCCUGCUGAUAUUACAAAACAAACAAAACCAAAAAAAAGAAGAGUACAAUUUCACUUAGGGGUUUGAGAGAAGCUCUUAACCAUUAAACCAUCCCUGAACCCCGCAGAUAAUAAACAAAUAACCACACUGUGUCCCCUUAUAUAUAAACAUAUGCUAAGAAGCAGUAACAGAGGAAGCAAAAAGGAAAUUCAUUUUCUUAUAGCCACGAUACCCAGGGAACUGCAAAUUCCCCUACAAGAAAAAAAGCCAUCGAAUGUCAGAGCCGUCACAGCACAACACAACCUUGAAAUAAAGUGGGGGCAGAUAACAGAUAACAGCAGCCAGUAUCGUGUUUGAAAAAAAAAUUAAGCAAAACGUCUGUACAUAUAAAUACCUCCUUAAAAAUAAUUGGGUAAUUGGACCUACAAUAUAUUAUUAUAUAUUUUUAAGAAUACUACUUUAGAAUAAUGAAAUCUGAAAGCUUUAAUAUCUUAUAUAGAUUUAUUAACAACAAAAGAAAAUGUAUUGACACAUAAUAUUUGUUUUAUGAUCCUUCCCUCUCUCUCCCUUACAAGUAAACUAGACGAAAAAAAAAAAACAAA